CUCGACCCCGCCUCCUGGCCUUUCGAUCCCAUCGCGCUCAUCACCGGCCCUCCGUCCCCUUCUUUUCUCGCGUCGUCCUCACCUCAGAGCCUUCUCCAGUUCCCCUUCCUGUCGCCUCCUUCUCCUCUCUGGCUUUUCGAAGACAGAGGUUUCGAUGCCUCGAAUUCGCUCCCCAGAUUCGUCUCCUGUAAUUCUGAUGCAACUAAUGGAAAUAUUAGCAGUGGAGCCAAUGAUAACACAAGGCAGCGUCAGUUGUCAUCAGAGGAAGAGAAUUCUAAUGGCUCAUGCAUGUUCAAGGAGAGGAUGUCACAGGCACUUCGAUACCUCAAAGACUCAACCAAUCAGCAUUUGCUGGUUCAGGUUUGGGCACCUGUGAAAAAUGGAAAUCGAUAUGUGCUCACAACCUCAGAGCAGCCCUUUGUUCUUGAUCCUCGUAGUGUUGGACUUCUUCACUAUCGGACAGUGUCCGUGACUUACAGGUUCUCGGUUGAUGGAGAUCAGGAUGGAGAUCUGGGACUCCCAGGCCGGGUCUUUAGGCAGAAAGUGCCAGAGUGGACACCUGAUGUUCAGUAUUAUAGCACGAAGGAGUAUCCACGGCUUAGUCAUGCUCUUCAUGAUAAUGUUCGGGGCACUUUGGCUCUGCCAGUUUUUGAACCUUGCGAUCAGUCUUGUAUUGGUGUGGUUGAACUCAUAAUGACAUCACCAAAGAUCAAUUAUGCUGGUGAGGUCGAUAAAGUCUGCAAAGCUCUUAAGGCAGUAAAUCUAAAAAGUUCUGAAAUUCUCAACCAUCCGAAUGUUCAGAUAUGCAAUGAGGGACGCCAAGCUGCUCUGGCUGAAAUAUUGAAAAUCCUCACCAUGGUCUGUGAAGCAUAUAAGUUGCCUUUGGCUCAGACAUGGGUUCCGUGCAGACAUCGUAGCAUUCUUGCACAUGGUGGUGGUUUGAAAAAGAAUUGCUCCAGCUUUGAUGGUACUUGCAUGGGACAAGUCUGCAUGUCAACAACUGAUGUGGCUUUUCAUGUCAUUGAUGCUCACAUGUGGGGAUUCAGGGAGGCAUGUGUGGAACAUCAUCUUCAAAAGGGACAAGGUGUCGCAGGCAGGGCAUUUGCAUCACGAAGGCCAUGUUUCUCUAAAGAUAUUACUCAGUUCUCCAAAAUUGAGUAUCCUCUAGUCCACUAUGCUCGAAUGUUUGGAUUGGCCUGCUGUUUUGCUCUAUGUUUACAGAGUACUCAGACCGGACAUGAUGAUUAUGUAUUAGAGUUCUUCUUGCCUCCUGACUGCGAGGAUGCUGGUGAACAACUGGCAUUGUUGCAGUCAAUGACAACCAUGAUGGAAAAAUGUUUUUGUAGCCUAAAAGUUAUCACUGAUGUAGAACUACAAGAAGGAUCGUCUCUUGAAGUUAUUGACAUGCUUGAAAUUGGGAGUCAAAAAUCAGAACCUAAACCAAUCUAUAUGCGAUGUUGUGAGAAUGGUCUUCAUACUUUCCCUGAAUGUAAUCUUGUUGAGGGCCUUAAUGGGAUGCAGAAAGAGAAAAAUGCAAUUCCUGAGUUGUCAGAGCAACAUUUUCUGACAGAUUCUAAUGAUGGAAAGAAUACAAAGAUUGUUGUUGAUUCAAGUGGUACAGGAACUCCUUGUUCUUCCUUGGUCAAUAAAAAAAAUAGGCCACUUGAAAGGAGACGGGGUAAAGCUGAGAAAACAAUCAGUCUAGAGGUUCUCCAACAGUAUUUUGCUGGGAGCCUGAAAGAUGCUGCCAAAAGCCUUGGAGUUUGUCCUACAACCAUGAAACGUAUCUGUAGGCACCAUGGAAUCUCUAGAUGGCCGUCUCGCAAGAUCAAUAAGGUCAACCGCUCUCUUUCCAAAUUGAAGGGAGUAAUAGAGUCUGUUCAUGGGUCAGGAGGAUUUGAUCUGACCUCGCUAACUGGUCCACUUCCUGUUGCUGUUGGUUCCAUCUCUUGGCCCAUCAAACUAGAUAACUCCAAACAGAGUGAGGGUGCCAAAGUUCUUGAUCCUCAUGGUAAAAGAGAUAAGGGAUCCCUGAUGCAUAAAUCAGUAGAAGAUGAGGAACAAUGCAAAAUGUUCAUAGCUCAACAGGAUUCUGUUCGUGACUGUGAUAUUCAGCUUGGACCGGGUAAGCCUUCCUAUUCUUCAAAAUCAGGAAGCUCUUCGGGCGAAGGGAGCAUGAAUCCCCCUACUUCUGAAGGUUCAUGUCAGGGAAGCCCGAUGAAUGAAACCCAUAUGGGUAAACCAUUUGCUUCUUCCAUCUUGCAAAUAGGAGAAAAUAUUAGUGAUCCAUUGGGAUUCCCUGAACAGACUGCUCAAGAUCUGAAUCGGCUUGCAGUUUGCUCAAUAUCUGAUGCUAUUGCAGUGGAGCCCCAACCUCCACUUGAUGGAAUUCUUAUUAAAGAUCCAGGUAACUCCAAUGAUUUGAAGGAUCUCUGUACUUCUACAAUGCAUGAUUGUCAUGAUGACAAUGCCUUAGGCCCUACCAGUGAUCCAGCAAAACCGAUGUCAAUACAAGAUUUGAGGACUGUGACUAUAAAGGCGAGUUACAAAGAAGAUAUUAUAAGGUUUCGUAUGCGAUGCACUGCUGGUAUCAUACCAUUGAGAAAUGAAAUAGCCAAGAGGCUGAAGCUGGAAAUUGGCACAUUUGAUAUCAAGUAUCUGGAUGAUGAUCAUGAGUGGGUGAUGCUGGCCUGUUAUGCUGACCUGCAAGAGUGCAUGGAAAUUUCAAGACUUUCAGGUGGUCGGGUGAUUAGGCUGUCAGUUAAUGACAUUCUUCCUAGCCCUGGAAGCUCAUGUGAGAGCUCAGGCGGAUAAGCAACAUAGCUUUCUUGCCCAACUUGUAAAAUGUGGAUUCUUGUUCUGUGAGCGUGCUCUAUAUUGUAUUGUACAAUAUUCAUGGGAUUAGGUAAGUCAGCUUCAUUUCAUUGUUUGAUGACUGCAUAUAGUUUAUAUAUGAUGAAAUGUAAUAUGUAUCAUUGCAUACGAUGGAAAUGAGCUGUUCUGCUGGUUUUUAUGAUAGCUA